AUGACGAUCUCUGUACAAGUCCAGCCCACGCCGAUCAGAUGUUCUGCCCUGUAUUUUGUCUACAACCAAAUCCAUGGCGACCGCGUAAACUUCACGGUCCGGUUGAUAUUUGCACACCUUUUCGGUCUUCAGUAUCCAGAUCUAGAGCUGACCAAGAUCGGAGAAACGGCGUCAAAUAUGAAGAUAGACGUUAAUUUGGCACUGAAGUUAGCAGAGUUGGUCUUUGGUCUCCUUGGCUGGACUAUCCUGUCCUCCGUACACAGUCUGUUCUCGUGGGGAGGGCAACACUGGGUGAUGUUCGUCCUGGUGACAUGCUGGUUCAUAACUCUGGCACUCCUCAUCUUGGAGAAAUCUAAAUACUUCUCCAACCGUAAAGUCAACUUGGUCUACGCCGUCACAGCCGCCUUGCUCUACGUCAUCGCUGCAGUUGUACGGUGCGUCAAUGCCGAUAGGUGGCGCUCUUGGACUGUGCUGGGCGUUGCCGUCAUCUAUCAGAGACAGGCAGUCGCUGCGGCGUUUGCCGUGUUGACCGCCAUUGCUUACUGCGUGGACGCCAUCCUGACCUUCAAAGAUCGACACAUUCAAGUUGCUGUGAAGUGAUCAUCGAAAUGUGUAAACGAA